ACCAUUGCCACAUCUCAACAACCUCGAGCAGUUAAGAGAUCAAAGCAGACACCUCAGAAGAAAAUAUAAGUCGAAACAAGCGAGCACCAUGGCGGACAACCAAAAACCAACAGAAUCCCAUUCUGAGCUAUUUGGACUUCAAGGCCAGAAAAGAGCAUCAACAACAGCCGGCUCUGGUGCUGGAUCUGGAAUCAUUGGAACAAGCGGACAUCCAGGAGCUGCGAACAAGGGCGGUAGUUUCGAUGCACAAGCCAUGCAAGCCAUGCAAGCCACUGAGAACACCACAGCUGGUCUGCCACAGGGAGGGAAAACCGGGGCAGUGCCGGGUUCAGGAGCAGAGUCGUUUACGCCUAAUCAAGGAGCUGGAGAGGUUGGAAAGGAUGCCUGAGGGAUCAUUUUGUCUGCUCUCGAGGCCCGAGUGAGACUGAGCGAGAGGCAACAAGAGCCAAAUUGGGGAGUUCAAUGCUGAGGUGCCUUUAUGUCUUAGCGACGCAUCCUUGUUUGGGCUGCUGAGUGUGAGUGUGAGAACUGAGGCACUGCGAAUCCUCAGAUGUAUGGCAGUGUAAUGACAACAACAGGGUUAUCAACAAAUUGUGAUCGUUAUCGUCAAGUCUGCG